GUCUCGUGCUCAGGACACUGUUCCUCCAUUCAAUGACAGCGGGCACGCUGCAUGCUACACGAGUCUCGCCACAUUAAGGCUUGUAAGCCCAGCUUCUUUGAGUUGUUCAUCAUCCUGUACACACACAAAGUGUCUUACUGGCCAUCUGUUUUAACAGAGGCACUAGUGAAGAUUCCAUGGCCUGCCACUCAUUGUUGUUUUACUAGUCAGAUAGUUGUCAUACUGAUCCACAUAUAUCAUGGGUGACAGAGACCAGAUGCACUUCACUGCAGUGGACUAUGCUAUCUUCGUGCUGCUCCUCGUGGCUUCAGCAGGCAUUGGCCUGUUCCAUGCAUUUUCAGGGGGCCGCCAGAGUACUACACGUGAGUUCCUGCUGGCUGACCGCAGCAUGAGCUGCCUACCUGUGUCACUGUCCCUGCUUGCCACUUUCCAGUCAGCUGUAGCCAUUUUGGGUGCGCCAGCUGAAAUCUAUGCUUAUGGCACACAGUACUGGUUCCUAGGCUGCUCCUACUUCCUGGGCCUGCUCAUCCCGGCACACAUCUUCAUUCCUGUUUUCUACCGCCUGCGUCUUUCCAGCGCCUAUCAGUAUCUAGAGCUUCGCUUCAAUAAAACUGUACGGAUAUGUGGCACUGUGACCUUCAUCUUUCAGAUGGUAAUCUACAUGGGAGUGGUGCUGUAUGCCCCUGCACUUGCACUAAAUGCAGUAACUGGUUUUGACCUCUGGGGAGCUGUUCUUGCAAUGGGGCUUGUGUGCACACUCUAUACAACGCUGGGUGGCCUGAAAGCGGUCAUCUGGACAGAUGUGUUUCAGACAAUAGUGAUGUUUGCUGGACAGCUGGCCGUGAUUGUGGUGGGCGCUCACCAGGCGGGUGGAAUGGCUGAGGUGUGGAGGAAAGCACAGAAUGGCAGCCGCAUCUCAGGCAUUGAGCUGAACCCUGACCCCUUGGAGAGGCACACAUUUUGGACAUUGGCUGUUGGGGGCAUCUUCCUCAUGCUGGCACUCUAUGGAGUGAACCAGGCUCAGGUCCAGAGAUACCUUAGCUCCCGCUCAGAAAGAGAGGCCAUCAUGUCCUGCUAUGUGGUGUUCCCAUGCCAGCAGAUAGUCCUGGCACUGGGUUGUCUCAUGGGACUGGUGAUGUUUGCCCGAUACGGUGAAGACAGCCCUUUGGACAAGGGUUACGUCCAGACCAAUGACCAGAUGGUGUUGUAUUUUGUGAUGGAUGUGCUCAGAGACCUUCCUGGUUUGCCUGGACUGUUUGUUGCUUGUCUUUUUAGUGGGGCUCUCAGCACAAUUUCCUCUGCCUUCAACUCCCUGGCGACAGUUACCAUGGAAGAUCUGAUCAAACCCUUUUAUCCUGGAAUGACCGAGGCUCGAGCCACGCUAUUAUCUAAAGGCCUUGCUCUUGGCUAUGGACUAGUGUGUCUGGCUAUGGCUUACAUCGCCUCUCUAAUGGGCUCCGUGUUACAGGCAGCACUCAGUAUUUUUGGGAUGGUUGGUGGGCCUCUUCUUGGCCUCUUCUGUCUAGGCAUGUUCUUUCCUUGGGCCAACUCUAUUGGAGCAGUGACUGGCUUGGUAUCAGGACUGAUUAUGGCUUUCUGGAUUGGCAUUGGCAGCUUUGUUUCCCGUGUGCAAGUACCAGGAACACCCAUAUUUAACACCACAAUCCUCCAUGACACAGGAAACACAACUGCCAUCAUGACUACAGUAAUCACCUCAGUCACAGCGAAACCAAAGCCCAGUGGACUGCAGGCCCUCUAUUCGUUGUCCUACAUGUGGUACAGUGCUCACAACUCGGCCACAGUUGUAGUGGUCGGACUGUUGGUCAGCCUCCUCACUGGACCCUGGAAGGAGAAGGAGUUGACCCCAGGUACUGUUUACCCCGUGUUGGGAAUGCUGCUAUUCUUUCUACCUGAGCGCUACAGAGAGAAGCUGUGCUGUGUUACUCCUCUGGAGCAUAAGUCCCAGGCUCUGAACAGGCAGCCGUAUCAAAAUGGGAGGAAAGAGAACGGCGUUGUCCAAAUUCAGGAUGAAGACAAGAAUGAACAGGAGGAGUCCCAAAGCACACCGGUCUCUUGCAAGCUGGUGAAUGUGGAACAGGAAACGGCUUUGUGAUUUUUCCCUAAAUCCUUUAUAUAACACAUGCUCAAGGCCAUAUUUAUCGCCUCAUAAACCAAAAAAGAAUGACCAUCAUGAUGUCAGAAAGGUCAGUUUCUGUAGGUGUUAACCGUUCAAGCUUAACAAUUAUAACAGUUGUUAGUGAUAAUGCAGUACUGACAAAUUUAGCACUAAACUCACAAAGCAAGAUGUGUGUGGAUUGCACAGUUUACUUUCUAUAUAAAUAGAUAAAUCUGACAUGACCUGAGUUGACCAAUUAAGUAAACAACGUUUGCAUGUUUCAUAGAAAACAAAGACCUAGGUCAAAGUGACUAGAAGAAUGAAAAAUAUAUUAAUGGAAUAAAACCCACAUCUUUCUACUUGAUCCGAUUUGUUUGAAAUAUA